GUCGACAGCAAGUGUUCAGUCGAAAGGCCGCAGAGGACGACGACAGUUAGCGCUCGCGAUUCGAGAUAGAAGCAUCUCAAGAUGGCCAGCACUCUGACCUUGUUUCCGCUCUCCAAUUACACCUUCUCGACCAAGGACUCUCAGCCGGAAGAAGAUCCAUCUGUGGCAGCACGCUUACAACGGCUUCAGAACCAAUAUGAGGACUUUGGCAUGCGCAGAACAGCCGAAGGCAUUCUCGUCGUGCACGAGCACGGCCAUCCUCAUGUGCUCAUGCUACAGAUCGCCAACGCCUUUUUCAAACUGCCAGGCGACUACCUGAGACCGGGAGAAGAUGACGCAGAAGGACUGAAGCGACGGCUAUCAGAACGACUCGAUCCGGUAGAAGGCUCACGACCGGGCGAGGAUUGGGAGAUCGGCGACUGUCUCGCGCAAUGGUGGCGACCCAACUUUGAGAGCUUCAUGUAUCCCUACAUACCCGCGCAUGUGACCAAGCCGAAAGAGUGCAAGUCCUUCUACCUCGUCCAGAUGCCACCGAGGAAGGUGCUAUGUGUGCCCAAGAACUUCAAAUUGCUCGCGAUACCACUCUUUGAGCUCUAUGACAAUUCCGUCAGGUAUGGGCCCCAACUGUCUGCGAUUGCGCAUUUUCUAUCGCGGUACAAUUUCAUCUACGCAUGAGUGACGAUGGUGUGGCUAGCCGAUUGAUCGUGUAAUGUCACGUUGACAAGGUGCAUUGCCAUCCUGUGUCGCGCA